AUCAGAAGAUGAUGAUGUGUGCUUUGGAACUGUUGUUUCAAAUGAUAUUUCUCCUUGACGAACCAACCUGUCAAGAUCUCUGGAAUAAUGCUCGUCUAGUGGGACAAGGGCUAAUGGACAGCCUGAUGGCAAGUUUGGAAGCUCUAGGGGAAACUCUUAACUAUCACCAUAUGAGCAUUACUACAGUGGAGUCAGAGACUGCUAUAGUGUACCACCGAUUAGCAUUUAUCAGCAUUGCAUUAUUAACUAUACGCCUGCUACAAAUAAUUCUCCCGGUGGAGAAGGCAAGAAAAUUCCUGCCUCAGAACCUAGGAAAUGUUCUGUACUUUCUGUCCGUGGAUCUAUCAUUCCGUUUCAGCUAUCCCAGCGUUCAUGAGUCUGUCACUGUCUUCUUGGAGCAGAUCAGCCAGGAGCAUUAUACGAUAUAUAAGAAUGCAACCGAGAUAAUACAAUCAAUGGAGAAUGUGUGUACUUUUCUCAGAGACCGCAAGGAUGAACAUAAUCUAAUGGAGCUGAUUGAAUUUGCAAACCACGCUUUGGUUUGCCUUCCGUAUCAUCAGCAGCUGAAAAUGAUCCUUAGAUGUGUUGAAAUCUGCUCAAAAAUUUCCAAAUCUGUAGAUGCCAGUCCACUAAUUGAAGCUGAGAGUCGGAAAAUACUCCUGAAACUUUUGUCUCACGCCAUGCCAAUUAUUAAAGCCGAAUGUUAUCGCUGCUGUUUAAAACUCGUGAAGGUUUGCCUUCGAAUCCACAAUGUUAUCAAGCCAGUGUUAUCAAGUUCUAAUGGUAUUAAUUUCCUUCUCCAUGCCUGGGUUUUGUAUGAAAUAGGUACAUUCGGCCUACAGGAUCCAAAUCAACAGGUGAACAGUGCAGCAAAAGAAAUACUUAUUUACUUACUGCAGAGCCGCCUGAUAAUGAGCACUUUCAGCUGGAAUAAGUUAAUUGAAGCGUUAUAUCCUGUGAUUCCAAUAUUGCAGGGGUUUGCAUCAACUGAAGAUCCACUAGGAAAAUGCAUCCUUGCACUGAGUGAACCAUGCAAUGAAGACACAGCUGGCAUUCUGUCACGCACAGCCAGGAUUCGUGCAUCUCUUCGACUUUUUAUGAGCAAGCUGCAUUUAGUCCGCUCUGUAGCUCUUACACACUUGAUGCCACACCUGGUAAAUGAAGAAGAUGCCUCCAAUAAACUGCCUGUGCUGCAAGGAAGUAUAUUGAAUUAUGUGUCUGAUUUGUACAUAUUGGAGAAAUCUAUUGAUUUGCAAUUAGACACUGGCAAAUCUAUUGUCAAGGAAAGCAAUGCUUGUAAAGUAUGUGAAAUCCUGAUCUCUGAGACUGUUGACCUGUCUCUUCGUAAAUCUGCAGCAGAGCAACUGGCUGUUAUGGCACAAGAUGCCAAACUCCAUGCAGUCUUGAAAAGACAGGGCAUCGUAGAAAAGAUUGUUUCAUUUGCACAUGAAAGUGUGCACAGAAAUGGAAAGUGCAUGCAGUGCCUGGUGUUGCCAUGUCUUGCAGUAUUACGAAAGCUGGUUUACUUGGAUCCAGCUCUGCGCCACACCCUAGCUCUGCAGACCUCUUUCCUGCUGACCCUCUUCAGAGUGUCCCUGGUUUUGCAGAAAGACAAAGAAAUUCUUGGUGAGGUGGCAGCUUUGCUAACUCUACUGCUGUUUGAUGAAGUAGCCAGGAUAGAUUAUUGGCCCGAGAACAUCACUGCUCCAACUGCACCAUUCAGUUUACCAGCUAUUGUAACCCAAAGGUACAACUUAAUGGUGAAAGUGCCAAUUCAUCACGCUGUUAGCCCUUACUGCACCGUGGUUCCAUCUUCUUCAAAUCCUAUGAACAUGAAACCUGUGUCUGACAUGUUGAAAGUGGGUUGGAAUCUUGCUUGGUAUGGUGGGACUGAUCAGGUCCUGGAUCAGAAUGGACAUACAGGAAUUGAUACAUCUCCAGAAUUUUUAGAAAACCUGAAGUUAUCUUGUGUCGACAUUGCAAUGCUUAAAACAACCUAUGUUACUAGGGGUUUGCAGGAAUGUCUUGUUUCCAUCACAGAGGCAGUAUCUCAUCGUGCUGUCAGUUCUGCUCUUGCUAGAAUGAGAUUGUAUUUGUUGAAUGACAAACUAGCUCUGAAACAAGGCACUGACUCCACUAUAUCUAUAUUACAUGACCUUGAAUGGCAAACAGCACUGAGCAGGUUUUUACUAGUCCUUCCAGCCUGUGUUGAAGAUGAGAAGCUCUUGGCUGAUGUUUUGGCUUUCCUGAGCAAAAUGUUGAAAGCACAAAGGGAUAGUACAGAUACUCAGGAUCUAAAUCUGCUUCUGGAGCUCCUCCUUAAACAGGAAACCAAUCCACUGAUGAAUUUGUUGCUGCAAACUGGAUCACCAGUGCAAGGUGAAAUGGAUGAAAUUCAAGCCCUUGUUAAGCAGAAACUUCAAAAGGAGCUGACUGGAUUCUUCAACUCAAUAUUGCAAUCUCUCACCUCUGUUACAAGCAGAAAAUGCCUGUUGUUGGCUGGUCCUUUCAGAACCCAACUUUCAGUUAAGCUUCUACAGUGUUUGCGAAUCACAAAUGCACCACAUUUCUAUGGAUUACCUGCAUUGGAGCGGACACUGCGUGGAAUGGUCUAUGUUACUGCUGUUCCUGGUUGGACUUUGCAUUCAACCACUGAGGACCCCUACACACUUUGUAAGAAAUAUUUGAUGGGACUGCUGGAGGUCAUUUCAUCAUUUUAUGUGGAAUGGGGCGGAAAUGCAAUGUCAUUCAUGGGUAAAGGAGUCACAAAGAGUGCAGUUAUCUGCUUGCUUCAGCUGUCCUAUGAGAUGAGAACACAAGCCAAAGAAAAGGAUUGGAUAUCACUGUGGUCUUUGGCAGAUGAACAGAACAAUGAGGAUCAAAUGCCAUCACGACUAGGUCUGGCAUGGCUCAUUCCACUUUGGGUUGAUCGAGACCCUGAGGUCCGUUUUGGCAGUUUGGGUAUUGGAUCUGCCUUGACUCUGGUUGAAAAUGGCUGCAUUGCAUUUGCAGCCAGCUGUCAGAAUAUUUCUGGAGGGUUAUGGGGCACAGUUCUAAACAUCCUUCUGGACCAAUCUGAAUGCAGUAUGGCUCGUAAGGAGGCUGCAUCCAUACUACAGAAUUUACUGAUGAUUCAAAUGCCAGCCACGUUGGAGGAGGCCAAGAAUUCUGUCUGGCAGAGUCCAUGUGUUCAUGAUGAAGAGUCUGGUUUAUCACUAGUUGGAUUGCCUGCUCUCCAGGCUCUACUGUAUCACUGCCAGUUCUAUGAGCGUGUGGCUCAUAUGGCAAAGCAGUGCUAUCUCGGAAGGUACAUGUUCGAUUUGAAUUCUCCAAAACCUACUGGCAGGAAUUUUCUCAACAGCAAUUUAGAAGCAGACAUUGACUCAUUGGAAUAUUGGAGAACAUCAUCUGGUCUAUCAAAUCACAGUCACUUAUCAAGUUUUCCAUCAACGUCAAGUACUUUGAUUUUGCCGUCACCACCUUUAUCAGAUAGUACACCUGAUUUCCAGCGGCAGUUACACGAUUCAGCUGUGUCUCCAAUUCUUAUUCCUGACUCUCCAAGCAAUAGGCUAACAGCUCAAGGUCAGAGUGACUCAGAAACUACCCAAUCACCACACAGUGGGAACUCUCAUGUUUCUGAUCCUCCAUUUGAGCAGUGUGCAGUCAUUACCCUUCAUUUCUCAUCUGCUCUAUGUGGAUUGCUUGCUAACCUACUGGCAACUAUUCCAGAAGAUACAUUAAAUGGAGUCAAGCAAAACCAGCUCCUUGCAGCUUUCCAUGGUCUGGUAAACACUGAUUUACUGGAUAGGUGCCUGUGGGAGUUGGGAGCACCAUUGACUUGUCUUAACCAGUACGAAGAUAUCAAAGCUCAGAUUUUGAGCCACCUUCAGUAUCUGUCUGCAUUUUCUAAUCUGGUUCAACACUGUUUGGUCUUGCAUCCAGAACACACAAUUCAGGAUGACUUACUGAAGCCAUUGUUGUUAAAUAUAUUCACAGUACUUUGUAUACAGUGCAAGGACUAUUUUGGCUGUGAGGUAACAUCUGCUAUCUACCAAGCAUGGACAGACUUGUUUAUGCUUUUGAACACAAUUCUACGGAAAAGCGCUCAGGAUACAUUCCCAGCAGUCGUAACUGCAGUGGCAAAGCAUUGGGCUGCUCUCAUAGAUACGAUUUCCUUGUGCAUUGAGAUGUCUACCACCAGAUCCUGUUUGUAUACAGUAUCCUUACAAUUCAUUUCUCUCCUUCUGACUGAAGAGGGAAAGAGGCAAUGCCAAAUUGGAGCGAUAAAUCACUCAAUCAACUCUCUGACUAUUACUAAGCUUUUAGAUGGAAAUGAAGGGGAUGAAUCAUCAGGCAGCCAGCUCUGUGAGAGCCUAUUAAAGAGCUUUGAGGGUAAAUCAUCUGAUGAUCCUCUCAGGAAGGUUGCAGCAGGUGCUCUUACAGCUUUGCUUCCUGUAAGCAUUUGUGCUCAGAAGCAUGCAUUGGAGGCUGGCCUCAUUGACAGCUGUAUCGAGCAGAUAAAGCAUACCUAUGUACAAUUCAACCUUGAUUCACUGAGACCUGGAAAAGUGAUCCAAAGGAAAAAGGAUGAUAAUCUUAGCAGAGAGCUGAAAAUGGUGAUGCAGUUGCUGAGGAAUUGCUUAUAUCACAAUGUUGAAUGCAAAGUUGCAGCAUCCGAUGCUCACCUUGGGAGUGCAAUUUAUCCACUUUGGCCCUGGUUUUUAAUGGAUGACAUGUUGAUGUUGGCCACUCUGAAACUGUUAUGUGUCUACACGGCAAACCUACCAGCAUCAUGUGUUUCCCUGUGCUGUGGAAGUGGAACACCACUUGUUUCCCAUUCUUCUCAAAGGGGAAUGGCAGGUAACUCCCUAGUUCAUAUGAUCAUGAAGCUAGUCUUGCAGAAGACAUGGGACAACAGCGCAAUUCAACAAAUGGCAUUUGCUGUCCUUUCCAACUUGGCCGUUUCCCAUGAGUGUAAAGGCGUGAUGCAAAAGAGCAAUUUCUUGCAAAACUUCCUUGCCCUACCAUUACCAAAGACAGCAGGAAAACCACUAAGCACUCGUGCUAUGCUUUGGCUGAAACUGUUGCUGAAUAUAUCUUUUGAAGAUGAAGGACAACAGAUUAUCCUGAAGAUGAAUGGUAGUCUGGAGCUGUUGACAGCAAUGUCCCAGCACAAGCACAAGAACAACCAGACUACUGCCUUGCUUGUGCUUCAUAAUAUUUGCUUCAAUCCUGCCAACAAGCCAAAGGUUCUAGCUAAUGAUAAAACCAUGUCAGUACUUGCUGCAUGUCUAGAAAGUGAAAAUCAUACAGUUCAGGCCAUAGGUGCCUCAGCACUUUGGGCUUUACUUCAUAACUACCAAAAGGCCAAAGUUACACUGAAAAAUCCAUCAAUCAAGAGGAGAGUAGAUGAAGCUAAUUUUUCAAUCAAGAAGUGUAACCUUGAAGGUUCUCUGAAUAUUUAUCUUAUGAAGUGUCUGAAAAAUCUUGCAGUUUUGCUGAACAGUUAGUGACUGCAAUGCAGAUGUGAGGAAUUUGUUGUGGAGUAGGGUUCGUCCUGCUUGUAAAUCAUGUAUAUAUUUGAUUGGUGUUCCACUACUUCUUAGACAAUAAAGUUUUCAUGUUCUUUG